AUGGAAGUUCCAUAUCACCUUUUUGAAUCUAGGAAAUUUUUGAACGCCCUCGUAUCUCAUCGGUAAGUCCAUUCUGUUCGAGCCAUUCGCUAGACACGCCUCUCAUAAAAAGGGCCAAGACUGCUGGCGUUAUGCCAAAAACCGUGUGUCUGACACCCUCCGUCAAGCCGUGGUCUCUCGAUGGCGAGGUCAGCUCGCAGGACGCCACUACCGUCCACCCGAUUCGCCACAAUCUCCUUCCACACGUCUGACCUCUCGACGCUCUCUUCCCUGUUUUUAUCUUCUUCCCAUCAAGUUCCGUCAUAAUCCUCAUCUUGAUAGGCUGGUCCGAAGAGCAUUGGCUGAAUUUGAAAAAAAAAAAGGUUUCAAAUCGAGAACUUUCUCAUUUCCACUCAACAAAAACCGUUCAACUGUUUAGAAAAAAGUUGAAAAAUUGACAUGAUUCCAAUGAAAAUUCCCAGUAAAAACUAUAAUUCACAUUUUAUUAACUAAAAAUUGAGAUUGAAAUCUUAAGCAAGAAAAAAUGGGUCAAAACCUCCUCAGAAAUCUGACUCACAAGUUUUUAGAUCAAAAUUUGGCCGGACUUCGCUUGGCGCCGCCUUUUUUUCUCACCGUCUCUGAUCCUUUCGAUUUCUCACUUUUUUUUUCAAUUUCGACUUCUAAUAGCGCGUUCAAAGAGGUUUCUAGUUAUGAAAACGUGAAGAGUUUAUUUUUCACUGUGAAUUACAUAUUUUAUUGUUUUCAUGUUUGAAUAUCAUUUUUUUAUCAGCAUUUUGAUCGUUUUCCAUUUCUUUUUCAGAUUUCGACCUCUUUUUUAAUAACACCUUGAGAACUUCAUGUUUGCUCAAUAAAUAUUUCGUUUUUUAUGAUGUUUCCUCUCAAAAAAGACGAAUGAUUCAUUUUUGAAAGUGCAAAUUGCAGAAGGACACUAGUCGAGGCUCGGCUGGAGACAUCUCGUCUUCCUUCUUCUCGGCAAACACUUUUGAGAAGCACACUCGACACAAUGGUUCGUGUCUCGUUAUCACUUAUGAAUCUUAAUAUGAAAAUUCGAAAAUUUUGACGCCUAACUCUUAUCACACACCUGUACGGUCAAUUUUGACCUGAUAAUGCUAUCUCGCCAUCAAUUUCAAACCAACUUCAUCAAGGUCAAUUUUGAAAAAAACGUUUCUCGAGACUUUCUUGAACGCAUCCAUCAUGACAGGCUCAAGGUUGAUGGGAGAUGUCGAAGGUGCACAAUAGAUACCGUAGAAGAGACCUCAAAGUGUAAUUUCCAGACGUUUGAGACAGAAAAGGCAAAGAUAACAUUUCCGAAGUGAGAAGAACAACGACUUCUAUGAAAAUUCUUCAAUUUAUAGGCUUCUCGAAAACGCUGUCUCAGGUUUCAGAAUGCGCAAAAAGUUUUGAAGAUGAAAGUUUUUGGAAUACUGUCGUAGAAAUAGUAUGAAGUCAUUUUUUUCAGCCUCCAAAGUUUGAAGCUGGGGAAUACCAGCAAGAUUUGAAAAACUGGUUCUAUAAAGAGACUAGGAAUAAACAUAAACCCAAUCCGAAAAAAAUGUUCUACUGUUUUUCUUUUUUUUUUUCUGGACCAGCCUUGAGCGACGCUAUACGGUAAGGUUUCUUCAAAAGGGCGGUCAGAAAAACGGCUGACCAGUCUGCUGCUGCUUAUGGCACUCUCCGCACGCCCAGAACAGAGUCGCCGCACUCUCCGCGCGUUAGCCGAUACCUCGUUGAUCGAGCUUCUCUGCGUCUAAUUGGGCACGCCGCUCUAAUAUUUUGGCACAGUGCCCGAAAAAAAGACAGUUGGUUAGCGAGGAGCCUAACGGAUUAAUUAGCAUACAGCGGUUCUGUCAGAGCACUGUUGUUGGUCGGUGUUGCUUUCGGAGCUAAUCCGAAGGUCAGAUCUCUAUAAUUAAACGAGGAAGCGAAAAAUUUCAACUUAUCUUUUCAGGACCGAUCGAGGAGCCAAGGCUCGCCGGCACAGUCUAAAUCGCCAGGACGUCCCAGACGUACGCAACAGGCGACCACACCAAAAUCUGAGCCGUCGACCAAGGCGGAAACUCCGGAGAAUCGACGUCGCUCUCAAAGUCGGACUCGAGGAAGACCGAAAGGCUCGACGAAAAAAGCCAAAGAAGAGAAGGAAAGACAGCGUUCUCUGACUAGAGUCAGUAACUUUUCAUUCGAUAUCUUCUGAAAAGCGAACUGUAAUAAAAAUCCAAGCUUGCAGCGCUCACCAAGUCGCUCCACAAGCCGUGGUCGUCCUCCGAAGAACCCAGCGGCCAAAGCCUUGAAAGCAACGCCAGAAAAGACGAAGAGUCCUUCCAAGAAAGUAGAUCAGCCGUCAGCCUCCAAAGCUAGCCCAGAAAGACAGAAAAGUCCUCCCAAAAAGGUCGAACGGCCGUCAGCUUCCAAGAGCGAGACUUCUUCUUUCUCUUCUUCGUCGUCGCGGAUCUCCAGGGCGUCGCCGUCGGUUCCAUCGCCGUCCAGCAUCAUGAGAGCCGCGUCCCGAUCUGCCGAACGAGCUUUCACAAAGUAUGAACCACGACUCCUGAAAACGUUGCCGGAUUUGAAGACUCCUCACUUACCGGUACGUCCCGACCUCAAAAGAGACAAAUUAAAUGAUAUAUAAAAAGUACAGUUACGAAAAAAAUCCUGUUUCACUAAUGAUGGUGUAAACUUUUUUAAAUAGAAAAAUAAUCCGAAUGAAAAAAACUGAAGUACUUAACGGAUUCAGAAGAUUCACUUUAAAAUUUUGUCAAUAUUUCUAGCUUUACUUGAUGUCAGCAGUUACCCAAAGACGGGAAGUUUCACGAGCAGAAUGAAUUGAAAGAUAAAAAUAAAAUAGGACAUUGGUAACGCUAAACGGACGUGCUCCGAACGUUUCUGAGCAUUUCUAAGGACCACUUAAAAGUUCUUACUCUACUGAAGUGACCCCAGAAGUUCUCAGAAACGUGCGGAACACGUCCGUUCCGCGUUAACGAUUUCCGUGGAAUUUUUGGCUGUAUUCUUUUUUUUCUUCUAUGGAGCAGCUUCGCUGCAAAGAGCCAGAAACUUCGUUCACGUUCAAAAUUUAUUCUUUUUUAAUUGUAGAAUUUCGCGCGCUUUCAAGAAUUUCUAUUUUUUCGACUCAUAAAACAAUUUAGAAACCUACGAAGGAGGCGGUCAAGUCGGUGAGCAGAGUCGUGGACGACCUGAAGUCUUAUCCUUACUACCGUCGUGCCAAGAACGUCUACAACCAGGCCAAACGUAACUACAAGGAGAUUUUUGUGACUUUGGGUUUCAUUCUACUCAUAGCCUUGAUCUCGCAUCUCAUCAUCCGUGUUAACCCAGCUAAACUCAGAAAUUUCAUCUUGAAUCUUCCAUACAACAUAAAGGUAGCUAUGAAAAAGAUGUUCAGUCAACAUCACUGA